AUCCUCCCCCUCCCCCUUCCCCCACGAUCUUCCAGCGCACAGCAGUGUUCGUGCGCGGGUGCAGAGCGUGAGAACCGCGUGAAGACUAAGCGCCGGAACGCCGAUCAGGGAUCGCUCCAUCUCGCCGCGCCGCUCAUUUAUUCCUUGACGGAGUCAUCUCCCUCAUCGCCGGCGGCGAUGGCGCAGCCUCUUCAACCGAGCGACACCACCGAGUUCCCCCCAAGUCCCCUCCUCCACAAGUACCCGCGCUCUCACAUGGCAGACGGUCGCCAGAAGAUCAAGGUCGGCGUCCUCGGUGCGACUGGCACCGUGGGCCAGCGCUUCAUCGUCCUCCUCAGCCAGCACCCCUGGUUCGUGCUGCACAAGCUCGGCGCGUCCCCCCGCUCGGCGGGCAAGCCGUACGCGCGCGCGGUCACCUGGAAGCAGGCCGUCCCCAUCCCAAGCGUGGCCGCGGACAUCAUCGUGCACCCCUGCGAGCCGGAGCACUUCACCGACUGCCCCGUCGUCUUCUCCGGGCUCGACGCGGACGUCGCGGGCGAUAUCGAGGCCGCCUUCCGCACGGCAGAGCUCGCGGUCUUCUCCAACGCCAAGAACUUCCGAAGAGAUCCCAAUGUCCCCCUCAUCGUCCCCCUCGUCAACCCCUCCCAUCUCUCUAUCAUCCCCCAGCAGCGCCGCUUGAAUUCCCUCACCAAGGGCUUCAUCGUCACCAACGCCAACUGCUCUACCACCACCAUCGUCAUCCCCCUUACCGCGCUCGAAAAGGCGUUCGGCCCCAUCGAGUCUGUCCUCGUCACCACCAUGCAGGCCAUCUCUGGCGCAGGGUACCCAGGUGUAGCGUCACUAGACAUCCUUGACAACGUCGUGCCCUACAUCGGCGGCGAGGAGGAGAAGAUCGAGUGGGAGACGCUGAAGAUCCUUGGUGGUGUCCAGGCGAGCGAUGAUGGCGCAGAUGGGAAGACGCUCGCUUUUGACAUGCACGCACGCCACCCUCUACGUGUUAGCGCGCAGUGCAAUCGUGUCCCUGUCAUUGACGGUCACACGGAAUGCGUCUCCGUACGGUUUGCGCGGCGCCCCCCACCGAGCCCACAGCAAGUGCGCGAAGCCCUCGCUGCCUAUACACCCGACGCGCAGACGCUUGGUUGCCCCAGUGCUCCGCGGCGCUCGAUCGUCGUUCACGAAGAGCCGGAUCGGCCGCAGCCGCGCCUCGACCGCUAUUUCCAGGACGGUGCAGGCGUCUCGGUCGGUCGCGUGCGCCAGUGCCAGGUGUUGGACAUCAAAUUUGUCGCGCUCGCGAACAACGUAUCGAUUGGCGCGGCGACGAGCAGCAUCAUCAACGCCGAAUACGCGGUGCUCAAGGGCGUCGUCGCCCUGCCUCAGCAGCAGCAGCAGCAGGCGUGAUUGUAUUCUUGUAUAGACUCUGUUAGAGGGGUAUUGAUGUAGUAGUGAAUACUGUAAAUGUACGACUGAUGACGGCAUGGUUCUAACUUCGUUCCUUGCUUCCUAGCAGCCUAUCAUCACACAAAAUGAAUGCAG